AUGGACUUUGAAGAAGGUGAGAGGUCACUUGGGAGACUCAUUCUGGAGGAGCCAAAGGCAGCAGUAGAGCCAUCACCAAGACCUGGGAGAUCAUGUGUGGAGGAGAAAUGGGAACUGAAGACUGAAGAACAGUCAAGGGGUGCUGCAAAGCAAUCACCAAGACCUGGAAGAUCAGGUGUGAAGGAGAAAUGGGAACUGAAGACUGAAGAACAGUCAAUGGGUGCUGCGAAGCAAUCACCAAGACCUGGAAGAUCAGGUGUGGAGGAGAAAUGGGAACUGAAGACUGAAGAACAGUCAAGGGGUGCUGCGAAGCAAUCACCAAGACCUGGAAGAUCAAUUGUGAAGGAGAAAUGGGAACUAAAGACUGAAGAACAGUCAAGGGGUGCUGCGAAGCAAUCACCAAGACCUGGAAGAACAUGUGUGAAGGAGAAAUGGAAACUGAAGACAGAAAUCAAGAACUUUGAAUUAAGUGUAUCAUCAUUCAUGUCACUUGUUGCAGCACUCUCUAACAAUCAAAUACUUGCACUUGCACUAUCCGUACCAUUUAGUGGAGAAAGAGAAACACUAUUCACUGUUAUAAUUCCAAAAAGUCAUCAGGAAUCUCCAAUCAUAAGGCCACAAAUCAAUGGCCUCACUAAUGUUAGGUGUAUUGCAGUGAGCAAGGAUAACAAGCUAUUUGUCAUAGAUGGUCAAAAAGUCAAGGUCUUCAGCAAGCAGCAUCAGCUCCACCAGUUCAAACCAGGUAAAUGGCUACACAGCCAACCAACAUGCCUUGCAGUGGAUGACAGCAAUCUGAUAGCAGUGGGUUAUGAUGGCAAGAAUGAGAUAUCUCUACACAACCCAGAUGGAUCCCGCAUCAGGAGGCUGCCUGCUCCAAUGAUUGGAGAUUAUCUGACAAUGCACAAUCACCACCUUAUCUACACAAACUGGCUUAACAAAAGGUUGGUAUGUGUAGACUACUAUGGUGCCAGUGUAUUCUCAGUAGAUAUGACCAGCAACAUGCAGGAGGGUUACUACCCUAAUGGUGUGUGCUGUAACAGUGAUGCCAGCAUCUAUGUUGCUGUGUUCGGACAUCCAACAGGUGAUAUUCUGCACUACAGUCCUAAUGGCAAGUACAUUGGAUGUGUGAUCAAUGGAUGCAGUGAUCCACGUGGCAUCACAUUCACAUUGGAUGGUGAUCUGGUAGUGGCUGCAGGAGAGUCUGUACAGGUCUAUCACCGAGUGUAAGGACAGAAUAAUUAAACUGGGGCUAUCCAGUGUAUCCACCAACCACUUCCAUCAGACAUUGAGCAUUGUUAUCACUGAAAAAGAACAUAAUUCCCUCCAAUGACAUUCUACAAUGCUGUAUAUUUAGUUUAUUUCUAAGGUCUAUGGUCUCUGUAUGCUUUGACUCCUUAACCACUUCCCCUUUGAAAAAUCUUGGACCUCAACGCCCAGCCUACUUCCCAUAAAAUCUUAGAUCUGGUGGCCCAAUAACGAGAGCAAAGGAAUG